GCUGGUACAACGACGACCACCAAUUGUGCUGUCAAAAUAUUCUGAUUUUGCUUGAAUUCAAUGAAAUAAAAACGUGAAUGCGAUUUAAAUCUCAAAAAUUGCUCCUCGAAGGCAUCGUCCAUAAUUCAGCAAAAUGUAUGUGACUGUUGUAGAAACUAGUGAGGAGAAGCUUCAUCUGACAAGGCAACCUUCCAAUAGGUCUUGGAGCAUUUUGAUUGGUCUGGUAUCAUUUGGAUUUGGAGCGGCUUACUAUGGAGCUGAUCACCUCCUGUGGAAGUUGGCUUAUGUGUGUGGAUCUGUGUUCAUUGGUCUGACAUGUCUCGAAGAAUGGGAGGAUUGCAUCUUCGACAAGAUGGCAGGCCAAGUUGAAGUGAUGAAGAAGAAUAUUUUCCAAAAAUACUUUGCCUCCAGCAGUGAGCCAAAUAAAGUUGUUGCCAACUUGGCAGAUAUCUCGGAUGUGGUUGUGGAAGAGGAGUUGAGUGAGAAGUAUGCAGGGAAAGGUUACCAUGUUGUCCUCAAGUUUAGGGAAGGUUACUCAGUGGGAGUGACUGAAAUAUCGACCAUCGGGGACCAAAACGAACACAAUGAAAUAGUCAAUAUAAUCACUAAAUUCCUUGACCUGGAUCGUCGCGAGGGCAUGCCGUCUAGUCAAGAAUCGAAGGUUGAUGACACGUCCAGUUCAUCCGAUGAAAGUUUUGAGAAAGUCGACAAGGCUGAAAUUGUCACUGAGUCUCAAGAUUAAUGAUUUGUCUCUUGUUGUGAUUAUAGAUGUUAAAUGUGUUCAACUUGUUGAAGUCAGAUUUGUGUGGGGCCACAACUUUUUCUGUGCUUGUGAUUAACUUGAGUAAUCUUUACUGACUUUAGGUCACCAUAACCCCAAACCGAUGAUGCAUAUGAGCUAAAUUUUGGAGUGGACUUUUAAAACAUAUUGCCAUCUGCCCCUCAUUCAUCUUCAAAAUCAUUUUAUCAUGAUUUGGAACAAAUGCUGGUUCAUGCUGAUCGGACUUAAACAAGUUGCCCAUAGUUCAUCAAUUUAUCUUUAAUGGAAAUUACCUUAAUAUCAAAACUAUUGAUAGUGUUUUUGGAACUGUUUCAUAUAAGAUAUGUAUUAGCAAAAUUUCGUGAAGCUGGUAAUGUAAAACUAUAUUGAUACAAUGAAAAAGUGAUAACUUGCGCUGUGUGUAAAUGUAAUUGAAUAUCUGUCCUUUGUGAAAAUUGAUUUUAAUACAAUUUCCCACUUCGUUUGAUGGAGGGUAUAAGGUUGUUAUUGUGAGAGAAAAAAAAACGUUUGCACCAAAGUAAUACCAUCAUAUAUGGUCAUAUUAUAUGUAAUAAGUUAAUCAUUGAUCAGUUUUUUUGCCAUAAUGUAGGAAUUUCUGUUAGUCUCACUAGAUCUCAAAACUUUUCUACGAUAUGUUGUACAUCAUCUUUAGAAUUGGAGUUUCAUGUGUGCAAUGGAAACAGUUGUUUCAUAAAAGCAUAAAAGGAUCUGUUUGUAAAUGUUAAGUAUGUCUCUAUAAUCAGAGUCUGAACAAUCUCAAAGAGGAUGUACCUUGCCCUUAAACAUUUUUUGCCUUCAUUAAGUUCGCGCCUAGAACUAGUGUUUCAACUAAAUGUAGGCUCUGGACUUUUUAGCCAGUGGUAUGCCACCAUACUGUAUUCCACAAAUAAAAAAACUUAUUAAAUUCUACAUUUUAAGGUAGUAUGUAGCAUUUGAGUCUGGUUAUCACCAAGAGUUGGUUCACUGAUAAUGCUUUUUGUAAGACAUGAUGUGCCAUAGAUUAUAAUGUUAACCUUCUGAUAAUUCUUGUAGAAAUACUUGAUGACAUUCAUUGCAAAAGAUAUAUCAUAUCCAUUGUUGCUUUUUUGAGAAAAAUUCUGAUGACAGUGACACAGUAUGGUUAUAACUCCAAAAUGUUGGCUAUGGUGCAUAUCUCAUUCUUCUCAAAAUGGCAAGAAUGGAUACAUGUAUAUCGCAUGAUGCAAUAAAACUCUUCAAUUCUAGUUCAACUUCUUUCUAAUGUGGCCAUAUUGAAAUAAUUUAGGAUUACGGGUACUUCUGCUAUCUUUUAUGAACCAACCCUUGGCCAGUCAUUCCUUAAAAGGUUGGCCCGUUUGUGAAUUUUUUACAGUGACAAAAGUUGAUCUUUUUAGGCUAGGCUAAUACAAUGCAGCUAAGCUAGUUUGUGUAAAUGUGUACUAUAUUAUUGUAGUGACAUACAGAUGUUAUAUUUGGUCACUUUAUGCUAUCAACUUUCUGACUUGCACUCAGCAACGCAUGAAGAAGUCGCAAAUACGUGUAUCUACAACGUCAAAUAAGAAAACUACUUAUGAUGCACCUGGAAUCUCAGUGUGUUCCAGUCCUCUCUUAAUCUGCAGAAGAUUGGAUUUUGCAAUUUUUCACAUAAUUUUCAAACUGAGUUUCCUUUACAUGAGUUUGUCAUAGUAUUAUUGACUUGUAUCAAAAACAUUGUCUCUACUUGAAGUAUUUCUCAUUGUGCUUAUAUUUGGAACUAAAAGUAUUUGAACAGAAUUUGAGUUGCUACUCUGCACAAAUGAAUCUUAUCAAGGAUAAUUGCUCCUGCAUUGUUGCAUUUCUCAUUUUGUCAAACUAAUAAAAGUAUUUCGGGAAAUUUAGAAUGGCUUCUUUCUGUGCACAGUUUUUAGAAUAGGUCAUUGUCGUUGAUUUGUAAUUGUCAGAUAAGUGUAUGCAGCUGCACUGUGUAUAUUAUUCAGUAUAAUGAGUACACCUCUUCCACAAUCACUGCUUUGCUUUAGAGUCUGAUAGAUUGAAUGUGUGUAGCGUUAAAUUUUUUUGUCAUAAAUUCUACUGAUUUGUUUGCGUUUAGAACUUUUACCAGUGACUAGACGUAGCUUCUAACCCAUAUGUGUUUUCGAGGACAUUUUUUCAUUUCUACUUCAAUUUUGUGAUCUAACGUUAAACAGAUAUUGUAUUAAGUUGUUGAUGGGUUUUUUUGAGGGGUUGUUUCAGCAGUAACUUUGUGUCAGCUUCACUGUAAAUUCACCAAUAAAACAUUAAAACAAUAAAUGGUCUUAGACACACGUGUAUUCUUCUACUAUUUCAAAGUAUAACCAGGGACCAAGAUAUAUAUCCAAGCAAGUAGAAACAGCGCUUGAUUACUAGGGUAGAUCUCACUUCCAAUAUCAUCAUCAUGGAAUUAGAAUGCGGCCCAAGAUUUGUUUUCCUUUUGAAAUGUAUCAUUAAAAUGACGGGGACUUUUGCUUUCCAAAAUUAUACAAUGUAUCUGCUGUUUUUUCUUUUUAUGUCUGUGUGUAUGUGGGGGGGG